AUGGGAUUGGGAGGAAAUAUUUUUGCGGUGGUUAUGUCUCUGGCAGGCUCAGCAAUGGCGGUACAAACCUGCAUCAAUAAUUUAGUACCUGAAGAAUUUCGGCGUUCCUUUGUUUCAUCUCUUAUUAACAAUAUUCAAAGCCUGUUAUGCCAAGAGCUUACCAUUGUGAUUGAAGAGAAAGAUAAAUACAACUUAAACGAUGUGCACCAAGCAGCAAUGGCCUAUCUCAGUUUCAAGGUAUCAUCUUCCAUGAACAAAAUCAAGGUGAAAAAACAUUUCGACGAUAAGAACUUGAUCGUAUCGUUAGGCGCGGGCGAGGACGUGAUCGAUGUGUUUGAAGGCAUAAAAUUUAGAUGGUGUUUGCACUAUCCGAGUAAACAACGUAGGAGCUUCGAAGAUAAUGGUACUAGUAAUGAUUCAAGCUACUUUGAACUCUCAUUCCACAAGAAACUCAAGGACAAGGCUUUAGAUGUUUAUAUUCCAUCAAUAUUGGAGUGGUGGCAGAAAUUCAAAAUGGAAGAUAAGAAGUUACAACUCUUCGCCAAUGAUUAUGAUGAGUGGAUUUCCAUCAAUCACAAUCACCCUUCCACAUUUGAGACAAUGGCCAUGGAACUUGAUCUCAAGCAAAUUGUGAUGGAGGAUUUGACUAAUUUUGUGAACCGUAAGGACUAUUAUAGGAAGAUCGGUAAAGCUUGGAAACGUGGUUAUUUGUUAUAUGGACCACCGGGUACCGGUAAAUCUAGUUUGAUCUGUGCCAUGGCCAACUUCCUCAAGUUUGACAUCUAUGGGCUAGAUCUUGCUGGAGUUAGAAACGCUGCAACUCUCAAGAGUUUAUUGAUUGAGACAUCAAACAAGUCUAUAAUUGUGAUUGAGGAUAUCGAUUGCUCUGUGCCGUUGCAGAACAGAAAUAGUGAGGAUAUAGAUGACAAUGAUACAAAGGUGACUCUUUCUUCAUUAUUGAAUCUUGUUGAUGGGCUUUGGUCAAGCUGCGGUGAGGAGAAGAUCAUAGUGUUCACAACCAAUUACAAAGAACGUCUUGACCCUGCAUUGCUUCGGCCGGGAAGGAUGGAUAUGCAUAUCUACAUGGGGUAUUGCAGCCCUUGCAUGUUUAGGAUCUUAACUUCCAACUACCAUGAUGUCAAUGACCAUCCUUUGUUUGAAAAAAUUGAAACAUUGAUCCAAGAUGUUGAAGUCACUCCAGCUACUGUGGCGGAAGAAUUAAUGAGGAGCAAUGAUUGUGAUAUUGCGCUUGGAAGACUCCUUAACUUUCUCAGAUGCAAGAAACAAGAAAAAUUAGAAGCGGGCGAAGUUGAUACAAGAUCGGAAAUCAUUGAUUGA